AUGUUUUACAAUUAUAAAAAAUUCUUUAGCAUCGUUUUGAUGGCUGUAUGUGAUUAUAAUGGAUUUCUCACUCUGCCUUUGCCACCACCUGUGCCACUGUCUGACGUGUCACCGGAACCUUUUCCUUACUUUUUCGUUGGAGAUGCUGCAUUCCCAUUACGAAAUAAUUUAAUGCGCCCAUUUCCUGGAGCUAAUCUAACACACACGAAACGUAGUUUCAAUUAUCGAUUGUCACACGCUCGUAGAGUCAUAGAAAAUUCCUUUGGUGUAUUGACAGCUCGGUGGAGAAUUUUGAAAACAACGAUUAAAUGUAAUCCAGAAAAUUGUGAAAAAAUUGUGUUGGCUUACAUAGGCUUACACAAUUUUAUAAUGUUGAAUGACCACAAUCGCUGGUAUUGUCCGGAGAACUAUGUAGAUAGAGUGGAAGGACAAAACAUUGUUCAUGCCGGUGAGUGGCUACUGGAAAAUGAAAACAACUCUUUACGACCAAUGCGAAAUUCGGUGCGUAGAGGUCCUUCAAAUGCGUUUAACUUACGGGAGAGACUUGCUAACUAUUUUAUAAAUGAAGGAUCUGUACCAUUCCAGAACAAUUUAGAGUCUAUUACAGGAGGACCAUAUGCUCCUGGAGGACCUUAUUAGAAAUAAAUACCA